GACGCAGCGACCGGAGCUGAAAGGGAACAAGAAAAAAGGAGAGGAAGAAAAAAAGAUCUCUGAAAGGGGAAAACAAACAAACAGAUUUCAGUCUCAGCAGAACAAAAAGAGAGUGGGGGAAGAAGAAAAGAAAGAGAAAGAGAGAGAGAAAGAUGAGCUGGAGUGGGAGACGUUUUUUUGCCUGGCUCUGCCUGAUGGCUUGCGUGGCAGAGUGCUCCAGCUUCGCCAUGCUGUACUGGUCAGCCUACGUGUCGGUGAGCGUGGGGAACGACUCCAAGCCGUUCAAGUGCGAGUGUGGCCUGUACGGCCAGCACUCGCCGCUGCUCGGGGAGAGCGGCGUGCUGGUGCUCCCUAACGAGGACCCCGAGGCGUGCAACCAUGCCACCUUCAACGUCACCGGGUCGCCCUGGAUCGCCCUCAUCGCGCGGGGGAACUGUACGUACAAGGAGAAGAUCAACGCCGCCAAGAAGUACAACGCGUCUGCAGUGGUCAUCUAUAACCUUGAUGGCACCGGCAAUGAGACUAACACCAUGAGCCACUCAGGAACCGGAGGAGUUGUCACUGUCAUGAUUGGCAACGUACUCGGCAAGUACAUCGUCGGUCUGAUCAACGCUGGGGAUGAGGUCUUCAUGAGCAUCGAGGUGGGCAGCCCUCACGGGCCCUGGGCCAACCCAGUCUGGAUCUACUGCAUCUCCUUCGCAUUCUUUGCCAUCACUGCCGUGACUAUGGCCUACUUCACCAUCCUCACGGUGAAGAAGAUCCACCACCACAUGAUGCUGAAGAGAGAACAGAGACAUCUGAAAUCUGUGGCCCAGAAAGCGAUUGAGAAGCUAAAGAUUCGAACUCUGAAGAAAGGAGAUGAGGAGGUGGGGUCAGACAACCACACCUGUGCUGUGUGUAUAGAGGGAUACAAACACGGGGAGCACGUGAUGAUCCUAACCUGCAGUCACUUCUUCCACAAGCCCUGCAUUGAGCCCUGGCUGCUGGAGCAUCGCACCUGUCCCAUGUGUAAAUGCAACAUCCUGGGACUGAAGACGGUGGACGAGGAGGUCAGUUCCGGGGCCACCCCUUCACCACUAGAUGUCAGGUUUUACCCAGACUCACGGCUGAGCGGCCCUUUUUAUGAAAACCUCGACGAGGUGGCAUUGUCAGACCCUCAGGAUGAGACUCCACCAGCACUGCAGGAACCCAUUCAGGCUGGACAGAAGCCAGUGCAGAACCAGGCCACAGAUCAGUCUCACGACAACCCUGCUUUUGAAGGGGACUCCAACAAAACGGAUUUGAAGUGAGAUGGAAUUGAUGUAUUUUACUACAAGCCGGGCUUGUGGAAUGGGGCGAAUCAGUCAAAACAAACAGGGAAUGAUAUUUCAGAAACUAAAUGUUGAACGUAAAAAGGGAAAUGUUCCAAAAUCAAGAGACAUGUAUGAAGAGAUUUGCACUUUUAAGACUAAGGUCUUUGUGGUUCACAUGUGGGCUUGGUUUGAUUAUCAGCCCACACUUCAAUACAAGAGAAAGAACAGCACGGGUGGCUGAGGGGCUGAGUUUGCUCUUUCAUCAAAUGAGUUAUUUUCCUGUUCAAAAGAUCUACAGAUUCUGAGAAUCUACAGAUUACCUGUACAGAUCCAUGGAGUAUUCCAUAAAAUUUUAAGUUACUGUCAUAUAU